AUGCCCAGAAACGCCCUAACGAACUAUAGUCAGCUAAAGAUAUAUACAACUUUUCUAACCGUUAAGGCCCAUUUAGAUGGUGACCUGCCCCGGCCACGCAGUAAAGGCGAGUAUGUCUUUGUGAUCGCCCAACUACUGUUUGGUUUGCUUCUCUUCGCGACAGUGUUGGGGCACGUGGCGAAUAUUGUCACGUCAGUCAGCACAGCCAGGAAGGAGUUUCAGGGUAUGUAA